UUAGCUGUUAGUAAGUUUAUUUCGCGAAGUACUACAGAGUGCAUCAGGCUUGUUAGCAAUUCUUUCAAGUUACGAAACUAUAAUAAUGCGUAUCUUAUUAAAUUUAGUUCUGCUGCUGAUGUGCCAUAGAGCAUCAUCGUUUCCAUCAUUGUUUAAUGUCUCCAAGAUGAACGAAGACAACUUCGAGAAACUUGGCAUUUUGAAAAGUAACAAUUAUUUCCAAGAUGCACAAAUAUUUAAUUCAUACAAUAUCACAGUUUAUACACCAAGUAGAAAUACUACCACUCCUAACAAAAAUAAUCAAACCGUUCAAGCUGCCCAAACCAUCAAAAUACCUGAAUUCUACAAACUGGCACCAGGCAUCGGAGCGCACAGAUUGCUUACAUCUAAGAAAACUUGGAAUCAGGCGAGAAAUCAGUGUAUCACGGACGGAGCUCACUUAGUCGUGAUAAAGUCAGCUGAAGAAGAAGAAGUCAUAAAAAAAUUACUCACUAGUCAAAUGAUCGACGAGAUUUGGCUCGGCAUUCACGAUUUGUUCAAAAAAGACGAUUGGGUUACAAUCUUCGAUCAGAUGCUUGAAAAUGUCGGAUAUGCAAAGUGGAACGAAGGUGAACCAAAUAAUUUUGGGGGUGAUGAGCACUGCGGAUCUUACUACAAAGAUGGCAUGAACGAUGUGCCAUGCUCUACAGAGAUGUCGUUUGUUUGCAAAAUUAUAGUCUGAAUGACGAUGAUAAAAACUGUAAAAUUACGUUUUCGUGAAAGAAAUGGAAUAGUUUCUUUAACAUACAUGCCCGUAGUAUUUAAAAAAAA